AUGGCAGCUCACAGUCUCAAUGUUCGGCCUGGCGUCCCGAUGGUGAAGCGUGUGAAGGAAGCCAUGAAAAAAGAGGCUCUUCGGAAAGAGAAAAACACACAGAACCGGCAGAAGAGCUUCAAAGAGCAGGAGCGAGAGAGUCGGGAGGCCGCGCUGCAGAGCUCCUUAAGCAGCCAAAAUAAAGGCUUUGCGUUACUGCAGAAGAUGGGAUAUAAAGCAGGACAAGGCCUGGGGAAAGAGGGUGCUGGACGAGUCGAGCCGGUUCCUCUGAACAUCAAAACAGACAGAGGUGGCAUUGGAAUGGAAGAACUCAAGAAGAGGAAAGCAGACGAGGAGCUUCAGAAUCACAGGAGAAAAGUGCAAAUGAAACAUCAGGUGGAGAAGAAAUCAUUAGAGGAUUUCAGGUUGCGCAAGAGAACCGAAAGAGAAGAGCGUCAAACACAGGGCGACCUGAGGAAGAGCCUAGCCUGUGAGCAGCUCGACAGCCAGAAGGGCAUCAGUGUUCCCAGAGACAGCUGGUACUGGUCUGAAGUUGUGAAAGAUGAAGAGGAAGAGCUUCUGGAGGAGGAAACCAAACCAGAGGGAAGUGACGAGGAGGAGGAGCUCACACCUUUAGACAAGCUGCAGUUUCUCACCUCGUAUCUGCGAGGACUUCAUUUUUACUGCAUAUGGUGUGGAACGGCGUUUAAUGAUGAGGAGGAUUUGAGCUCAAACUGUCCUGGAGACACGGCAGCAGACCACCUGGAAUAA